GUAUGAGCGCGCAACCAAGCUAUAGUAGGAUGGACUGCCUUGUGUCUGCCAGUGCUGAGAGGCUGCAGGUCCUUCAUACGGCAAGCGAGUCUCGCCUACCAGAGGAAUGGAUCGAGAACAUGAGAGAGAGAGCAGACAGAUUAGAUGCUAGUGAGGCCCAGUUCACACUGGGUCAGUAUUACUUCAGUAGAGAGGCCUACACUGAAGCACUGGGUUACUUUGAGAGAGCCAUUGCUUCACCCACAGAGGAGAGGAGUCAGGCCCAGUACCAACUAGGGGUGAUGUACUAUGAUGGACUAGGUGUACAGCCAGACAUGGCCAGAGGGUUUCAGUACAUGAUGGAUGUGGCUAGCUCAUCCUCGGCUAACAAGAGGGACACCAACCUCCUACCCAGUGCUCAGUACAAUGUGGGCAGGGCCUACUUCAUGGGUUAUGGUGUACAACAGUCUGACAGUGAGGCUGAGAAAUGGUGGUCCCUUGCUGGUAACCAUGGUGAUGAUCCCAGUUCAGUUCGAGCUCAGAAUACACUCGGCAUGUUCUACUCGCGACAAGAGACCUUUGACCCCAACAAAGCGUUUCAUUGGACGGAGCUAGCUGCUGAGAGCAAUCACUUGGAAGCAAUGGCUUCUCUGGGUCUACUGUGUGUACGCAGUAGUAACCAUGGUGAUGAGGAGGGGUUACAAUGGCUCAAGCGCUCGUGUGUGGGUGGGUGUGUCUAUGGAACUGGACUACUCUCUCAUUUCUAUUUCAUUAGGAAACUAUUCUCUAAAGCAGCAGAGACAGCCUUCAAAGUGAGUGAACUGGAUGAUGAGGUAUCAUUGUCUCCCCUGGAUUGCCGUGGAGUGGCCAUCGGGUGUUUUGUGCUGGGCCGCUGCUUGCAGUUGGGUCAGGCAGUGACCAGAGAUGAUGAGAAAGCGCUCCAUUACUACACAAAGGCAACUGGACUGGACAAACGUGUAGUGGCAGAGUUACAUGACCUCCUCACACACGGCAAAGUCUGAACUAUCAUUUUUACUACAUAAUUAUGUGGUGUCUCAAUAUUUUUGUUGUUGUUGGUUGUUAUUAUCUUGUUGAUUGGAAUGUUGA